AAAGAAACACUGAGCUAUGGACUUCAGACGAAAGGUCAUUACGUUACACUGUUCCGCACAGGAGCAGGAGAGCGUUUAUCUUUCAGAGAAUGGGAGAGCAUGGCGCUCAGCUGCAAUGCAAAUGUCAACAAUGUUUCUAACUCAGGGAAGCCACUGCUUGUGUUCUCCUGUGAGAAUGCAAAGGACUGUGAAGACCUCUGCAUUAGCAUUUUGGAGAAAGGAGCUGAUCCAAAUGCAAUAGAUCAGCUUGUCAGAGCCAUUUUACAAAAAGGAGGGAAUCCUGACUUGCUUGAUCAAGAAGGACGGUGUGCAGCCCACUUUGCUGCAGAAGGAGGUUUCCUUGAGGUUAUUCCAUGGCAUUCUGAAUUUGCACAAAAUUUGCCAUUGUUUAACUUGCAACAAAGCAAUGGCCGCAAAGCUGCCCUGAAGGAGAUCAAAAAAGCAGAGAAAAUGCAUGUGAAGCUUUCUGCGCCUGAUGCUGGACUUGACAAACCUGUUGAAAAUAUUUCUGUGGAGAAUUAUGUGUCUUCACUUCAAGCGCAUCAAGCUGUUGUAAGUAAUGAGAACCUGCAAAGGAUCAUCAUGGAACAUGACAAAAACCGUGAAAGUGUCAUCAACGUAAAUUACUUUUUCAAAGGCCUCAAGUGCCUUCAGAAGGCCUUUGUCAUCUCAUCCUAUGCUCCUAAGCAGGCUAAGAGGGGAAAGGGUGGCAAGGAAAAGAAGAGUGGCAAAUCUGCCUCAUCAUUGCCCAUAUGCAUAAUGCCACCUGAGCAGAUAUCGAUAAGAGAGGACAGUGGAUUACCUAACUACAUGAUUGAGAACUACCAGCCGUUUACUGACACCAAAUGUUUCAACCCAGACCGGCCUCCAAUUCACCCCAUUGAGAAUGACUUGGCUUGGUAUAUCGAUGAGCCUGAAAAGAUCUAUACCAACAUCAAUUACUGUGUGAAGACUGGAGAUCUAGAAUCUCUGAGCCUGGCGUUUACCCAACAAGUGCCUGUUGAUGUCAAAGAUCAAUUCUUUAAGACGCCACUCAUGACGGCGUGUAGGUGUGGCAACUACCAAGUAGCUAAAUUUCUGUAA